ACAGAAGUCGCAAGCCGGCAACUACAAUUGUCAAGUCGUUCCACCUCAUUGCAGUUGCAGUUGCACUGCACCCUCUCCUCCUUCCUUCCUUCCUCUCGGUCCAAAUCCGCGUCUUUGUCCCGGCGUGGAGCAUUGGAGGAGAAGGAUUAUCCACGAUGAUCCCCUUCUCCUUCCUCGCCUUCGUCCUCGUCUUCCGCGUCGCCGAUGCCCUGUCAGGGUACCAGAUAAGUUGCGGCGCCAAGUCCGAGAAGGUCGUCGGGGACGUGACAUGGGUUCCCGACGGCCGGUUCAUCGACGUCGGCAACGUCACCGAACUCCGGUCCCCGGACAUGAUGCCGAUGCUCUCGUCGCUCCGGUACUUCCCGGACAUGUCGGCCAGGAAGUACUGCUACGUGAUCCCGGCGGAGAAGCAUGCCAAGUAUCUGGUCCGGACAACGUAUUACUACGGCGGGUUCGACGGCGGCAAGGCCCCGCCUGUAUUCGACCAGAUCAUCGAGGGCACGCGGUGGAGCGAGGUGGACACGGCGGGGAACUACGUCAGGGGCCUCGCGACGUACUACGAGGUCGCGGUGGUCACCACGGGCAGGGAGGUCAGCGUGUGCCUCGCCAGGAACGCCGCCACCACGUCCAGCCCCUUCAUCUCGGCGCUCGAGGUGGUGCCAUUGGAGGACUCCGUGUACAGCGGCACCAACUUCACCUCCUACGCCCUGAGCACCAUCGCGCGCCACAGCUUCGGCCACAACGGCUCAAUCGUCGGCUAUCCAGAUGAUCGUUUCAACCGGUACUGGGAGCCGUACAACGACGGGAGGAUCCCGGUGGUGGAGGGCCAGGCGAGCGUGGCGACGGAAGCGUUCUGGAACAAGCCUCCUGAGGUCGUGUUCCGGCGAGGCCUGACGGCCAGCCGAGGCAAGAGCCUCGACAUCCAGUGGCCGCCGACGUCGCUCCCCGCCGCGAGCUACUACCUGGCGCUCUACUUCCAGGACAACAGAGCGGCUAGCGCCCUCAGCUGGAGAGUCUUCGACGUCGCGGUCAACGGCGAGCUGUUCUUCGCUGGCCUGAACGUCUCUACGGCGGGCUCGAUGGUGUACGGCGCCGAGUGGCCGCUCUCGGGGCAGACAAGGAUCACGCUGACGCCUGCGCCGGGUUCCCCGGUCGGACCGGUGAUCAACGCGGCUGAGCUCAUGAUGGUUGUUCCGCUCGGAGGGAGGACACAUCCAAGAGAUGUGAUCGGCAUGGAGGCCCUUGCCGGAGGGUUCACGAACCCGCCGGCAGACUGGAGAGGUGAUCCUUGCUCGCCCCGGGGGAACUCAUGGACUGGUGUCACCUGCAACGAAGACCCGCUUGCAAGAAUAAUCGCGCUCAACCUCACAAAUUUCAGAGUUGGAGGAUCAGUAUCCGACCACAUUGCCAACCUGACUGCAGUCUCGAGCAUCUGGCUUGCGGGGAACAAUCUGACCGGACUAAUUCCGGAUAUGAGCCUCCUACAUCAUCUGGUCUUUUUGCACCUGGAGGACAAUGGACUGGCAGGCCCGCUUCCUGAAUCGCUUGGAAACCUUCCAAAACUUCAGGAACUGUCUGUGCAGAAUAAUAACUUACAAGGCGUUAUCCCAAGCAGCAUCAGGAACAGAACGGACGUUAGGUUCCAGCACACACCUGGGAAUAACCUAAGCUAACAUCAACAUUAGCGAGACAAAAUUGUUCAGAUCAUCGGAUGAUUAUUACGAGAUAACGAAAAUUCUAUUCUGACUGGUUUCUUUUCUUCCCCCUUUUCCGAUGCUUCAGAUAUUUUGUUCUUCCUUUUUUUUUUUGGAAACAGAAGUCUCUUGUAUAUUACACUAUGAUCUUCGUUGUACUUGACUUGAUUCAAUUUUUCA